CCGAUGGGCGAGGCCCGGGCCGCGGGUGCUGAGGGUUGGGACGGCUGCAGAAGUGGCGGCUGUGAAGGCCACCGAUAGGCUUUUCACCCUCUAGCCGUCCGUGCCGUUGUUUCCUUUCUUGCGACCUGUUGGUCAGGCACGUGGCUGAGAGGCCCCCAGGAGCGCCCUGGGCCAGCUGUCCCCUGGUGGAAGAGACAGGCUGGGACAAACGGUGCCCCCGCGUCCAGCCUCCGCCUGCCCCUGGUGCCUGCAGGGGUCAGGACAUGCGGCAGGGACAGGAAUCUCCCCAGGCCGUUGGCAGCACCUGCUGUCAGGGAGGCUGUCCUGAAGACACAGUGCCCACCGUACCCUCGCUCUCUGGCUGCUUAGAGCCUCUCCCCGGCACUGGGGCCAGGACCUCCGAGCUCCGAAUACACCCCCGCCCAGGCCGCCCAGCUCCCCCUCUAGCCACACCGCCUCAUUAGCACUGACCCCAGGAAGGCUGGGGGCACCGCAGGAAGGCCAGCCAUGGCUGCCCCCAGAGCCCACCCAGGCUCCUGAGGCCUGGAAGGCAAGGGGAGCUUUUAGGAGCCCAGGGUCCUCUGCCCAUUGCCCUGGCCUCCUUCCACCUCAUCGAGGCACCGGGGAGCUGCCACUUUGUUAUCUAGGUAAUUAGCUUCAGACCCUGGACCAAGGCCAGCCAGGUCCCGGACUCUUAACCACAGGCUGUGCACCCUGACCUGGGGAGGCCCUGCCCGCUGAGCGGCCACUGUGCCAGGGCCCUGGGAAGCAGGCUGCAGGUGCCCUCCCACGCUGCCCUCUCUGCCCAGGGCCCGUGCCCCUCACGACUGCCCAGGCCUAGUGACGGGGUGGGGCCUCCUGACCCAGCCUUGCCAGGGGCAGAAGGCACCCAGGCUUGGGGAGGGGAUGCCCCCACGGGUACCCGUCCAGCCAGGUGCCCCACCCCUCAGGCCCAGCCUGGUCCCCGCACUCCCCCGUCUGGUGCCCCCAGCAGCCCGCUUGCCAGGCAGCCCCCGCCAUGGCCGAGCACCUGGAGCUUCUGGCAGAGAUGCCCGUGGUGGCCAGGAUGAGCACACAGGAGCGGCUGAAGCAUGCCCAGAAGCGACGCGCCCAGCAGGUGAAGAUGUGGGCCCAGGCUGAGAAGGAGGCCCAGGGUAGGAAGGGCCAGAGGGAGCGGUCGCAGGAGGAGGCAGCCGGCGGCAGGCGGCGGAAGCGGGUCCUCUUCCCUCCCAGCGUUGCCCUUCUGGAGGCAGCUGCCCGCAAUGACCUGGAGGAAGUCCGCCAGCUCCUCGAGAGUGGGGUCAGCCCCGACCUGGCCAAUGAGGACGGCCUGACGGCCCUGCAUCAGAGCUGCAUUGAUGACUUCCGGGAGAUGGUGCAGCAGCUCCUCGAGGCCGGAGCCAAGGUCAACGCCCAAGACAGUGAGUGCUGGACGCCCCUGCACGCCGCGGCCACCUGUGGCCACCUGCACCUGGUGGAGCUGCUCAUUGCUCGCGGCGCAGACCUCCUGGCAGUUAACACUGAUGGGAACAUGCCCUAUGACCUGUGCGAGGAUGAGCAGACGCUGGACUGCCUGGAGACGGCCAUGGCCAGCCGCGGCGUCACCCAGGACAGCAUUGAGGAGGCCCGGGCCAUGCCAGAGCUGCACAUGCUAGAGGACAUCCGGUGCCUGCUGCAGGCGGGGGCUGACCUCGACGCCCCCCGGGACCACGGGGCCACGCUGCUACACAUCGCCGCAGCCAAUGGGUUUGGUGAGGUGGCUGCCCUGCUGCUGGAACACCGGGCCAGCCCAAGCGCCAAGGAUCUGGACGGAUGGGAGCCGCUGCAUGCUGCGGCCUACUGGGGCCAGGUUCACCUGGUGGAGCUGCUUGUGGCACACGGGGCCGACCUGAACAGCAAGUCCCUGACGGACGAGACACCUCUCGAUCUGUGUGGGGACGAGGACGUGCGUGCCAAGCUGCUGGAGCUGAAGCACAAGCACGACGCGCUCCUGCGCGCACAGGGCCGCCAGCGUUCUCUGCUGCGCCGCCGCACCUCCAGUGCCGGCAGUCGGGGGAAGGUGGUGAGGCGGGUGAGCCUGACCCAGCGCACCAGCCUGUACCGCAAGGAGCACGCCCAGGAGGCCAUCGUGUGGCAACAGUCGCCACCCACGAGCCCGGAGCCUUUCGAGGAGGAUGAGGACCGCCAGACAGACUCCGAGCUGAGGCCGCCACCCCUUGGGGAGGAGGACGUCCAGGAGGCCAGGCCGCACAACGGCCGAGUGGGCGGCCCCCCGGGGCGGCAUCUGUACUCCAAGCGGCUGGACCGAGGCGUCUCCUACCAGCUGAACCCCCCGGAGGGCAGCACCGCGGAUGCCCUGGUCCGGGCCAGGGCCCACCACACCCUGGCUGAGCUCAAGCGCCAGCGGGCCGCAGCUAAGCUGCAGCGGCCCCCACCUGAGGGGCCCGAGGCCACGGAGUCUGGCCCGCCUGUGGACAUGGAGGCCGCCCGGCUGGAGUGUGGCUCCAGGGCUGGGGGAGACCCGCCCCUGCUGAGACUCACAGCCCCCUCAGAGGAGGCCCCCCUGGAGAAGAGGCCGUGCUGCCUGCUCAUGUGAGGGCUGCUUCAGGGCCCCUGCCCUGUGGACCCCAAGGCACGCCCCCGCCAGAACGCCAGCCUCCUCCCUCAGGGGCAGACCUGCGGCAGAGGCCGUGCCCGGGAGGCACCUGGCUGCGGAGACCUGGUUUCAUCCUGUGACUCUCGAUAAAGGGCCAUUCUGCCA